UAUCACAUUUAUGUGCAUUUUUAUUGAAACAUAAGUUGGACCGGAUAGAUAGUUUCGUCAUCGAGAUUUAGUGGUGUCUUUCGUCAUGUCUGAGGAAACUAAAUAUUCCGAAAAAGAGGGGCAUGAUGGCCGCAAGCCGCCGUCAAUAUCAAAAUCGGACCAGAUGGCAAAGGCGGCGGAUAGGUUGGGUGUCGAAGAAGGUGAAACAAUAUCAGCGGAUGACGAACUAUUAGCAACUUUGGGGUAUCGAGCUGAGUUAAAACGCGAAUUUUCGUACAUCACUGUUUUCGGGCAAAGUUUUGGAGCUAUGGGAAUUGCUCCAGCAAUUGCCGAGAGUAUGAUUUUCAGUUUAGGCAGUGCUGGGACUGUGGGAAUGGUAUGGACCUACUUGGUGGGAUGUUUGUUGCUCAUCCCAGUUGCCUUGAGCCUGGGAGAAUUAGGAAGUAGCAUGCCUACUUCUGGAGGUUUGUACUAUGCAAGUUACAGUGUCCGUGAAAGGGAGAUUGACUUGUCCUAACUAUUGAUAGUGGGUUGCACGUUUGACUCCACCACGACAGAGAGCAUUCAUGUGCUGGCUUGCGUAGGUCCUUCCGUCUGUGGUCAUGUCAAAACUGCCUGCUGACAAAUCCAGAGGUUAUAUGAACGUCUUAGGGUAUAUAUCGAUAUACGCAUCUACCAUAUAUGCAGCGACCCUCAUUCUUGGCGCGAUAUGUAGUAUUAAUACAGAUUCCGUCUUUGUGGCUACGAAGUACCAAAACUACGGCAUGUUCACGGCGACCACCUUCCUGACUUUUGCAAUGACUUGUGUACCCUCACAAACACUCUCUCGUCUCAACUUGUUCUAUAUAUUCUUGCAACUUGCUAUGCUAUUCGCUCUGAUUAUUUCACUUGCUGCUGGAACACGCUCGGAACUCAAGAAUUCGGCAAGUUUCGUCUUCGCAGAUUUCGAAAACACCGGUUUCUGGACGAACAAUGGUUGGGCAUUUAUGCUCUCCUUUCUUACCCCGGUAUGGGUUGUUUCUGGUUUUGAAAGCGCAGCUACUAUAGCGGAAGAGGCGAGUAAUGCCGCGAAAGCGGUGCCCUUCGCGAUGGUCUCCUCACUAGUAAUAGCCGCAAUAACAGGUUGGGCAGUCAUUAUAACGAUUGCAUUUUGUAUGGGGCCGGAUGUGAUAAGUAUAGUGACAUCACCUUUGGGCCAGCCUUUGGCACAGAUUGCGUUCAAUAGUUUGGGUAAAACUGGAAGUGUUGCGUUGUUGAUAUUCCUAUGGAUUUCGAGUGUGGCCAAUUGCUCGAUUUUAAUGGUCGCGGCUUCGAGAGAAACUUUUGCUUUUGCUAGAGGUUAGUCGUCUUACCUUUAUUCUCAUAAAUUUUAUACCGGGGUAUACAACGAAGAUAAGCUAACUAGAUCUCGUCCAGACCACGGUCUUCCAUUUUCGUCCUACCUGAGAGUGCUCUCAUCCAACAAAACCCCAGUCCGCGCUAUUUCUUUCGUCGCUCUUUGUACUCUUGCAGAAGGGCUUCUCAUGCUCGUCAACUCCAUCGCCAUAAACAGUAUAUUCAACCUUGCUAUUAUGGGUCUGUACUUCGCUUACUGCAUGCCUUUGAUUUCCCGACUCCUAUUCCGACAUUUUACACCAGGCGUUUGGUACAUGGGCGAUACAGUUAGUUAUGUCAGUGCAAUUUAUUCUGUGGCAUGUAUGACAUUUAUUUUUGUCUUGCUGCUUUUUCCCAGCUACGAACAUCCAAAUGCACAGGAAAUGAAUUAUGCUGUUGUGGUUUUGGGCUUUGUUUUGGUUUUUUGUGUGGUUUAUUAUUGGGUGCCUGGGUAUGGAGGGAAGACAUUUUUUAAGGGACCGGUUAGGACAAUUGAUGAAGUGUUGCAGAGAGAGGAGACGUCAGGGAAAUAGUGUUGAAAGAGAUGAAACGGAGUGCUGGGAGUGGGAGUAAGUGUAAUGAUGGUUGAAGUUUUCAUGCUUGACUAUAAUCAAUACAUCUUUAAAGUAUAGGUAGUAUAUGAUGCCUAGCAGGGUCUUAUUAAUAUCUAUACGCAAUUAUCAAGGCGAAAUAUUUACUGAGGAUUUCAAUGUUUUAGAAUUUUCGUCGGGAGAUGUGGAUUUUUAAAGCUAUGGUGUCCAUAAUCCACCGAGUAUAUCAUUUCGAGGCGACUGUCGGCUACAAGUUGAAAGCAAUCGUUUGGACUCCGCGCUAUCAUUUAUGGAUCGGAGUCAAAUCAAGGGCAGUUCGUCGAUUUGCAUUGACGGUAGAAAUAGAGAUCUCAUCAAUCUCACACGCUUAGUGCAUGGGCAGCUAGCUGCGAUCGCGACUUGGAGAAG